AUGUGGAUGAUACUCUUGUGGGCUCUCGUCCUCGCGACGGACGCUCAUAGAACGCCGGCUCAAAAAACACGGGAUCACCACUUGAACGAGGAGAUCCUCGUUAAAGCCGAACGAGGGGGUUCGGUGCGUCUUCCAUGCGACAUCGAAUCCUACUUAGAUGAUGAGCCCAUAAAGAUCCAGUGGUUCAAGGACAAUACAUCGUCGCCAUUCUACAUCUUGGAGGAUACCCGCAGACGCGGCAUUUGGAAUGCCAAUCACGACAUCAGCGUAGAAUGGGCCGGCAGAGCCUUCUUUUCCGCUUUGAGUAGUCCAUCGAGCUUGGAAGUUUCGAAAGUCCAAACCGCGGAUGCCGGAAAAUACGCGUGUAGAGUUUUGUUCCACGGAGGCGAGCUCAGGACGCAAAAUAUCACGCUAAUCGUCGGAGUGUCACCGAGCAAGCCGCAAAUCACCGAUGGCGACGGGACGCUUCUUCGAGGCACGGUUGGACCGUUCUACGUCGGACACAGCCUCCGACUCAAUUGUAUCGUCGAAAGAGGCGAUCCUAUGCCUACAGUUGUAUGGCGACGGAAUGGCAUCGAGGUCAAACAUGGUGGACGAUAUACAUUGUACGCGAAGAAAAGGCUGGAGGGAGUACACCUCGUCCUCGACAUCGGAAGACUGGUCCGGGACGAGCUCAAAGCAUCGUUCACGUGUGAAGCAACAAAUAGGAUCGUUGAGAAAUCGCUCAGUACAACAGUGACCGUGGACCUCAUACUUCCGCCCCUCUCGGUCGAAAUUGAGCAGGGGGGUUCCCGAUACGACGCCGGCACCUCGGCGGAGUUUCGCUGCCGAGUGAGUGGAUCCAGACCGUUUCCAGUUGUUACCUGGAUCCUCGCAACUCGCAAAAUAGAAUCAUUCUUCAAUGACAUCAGCAACGAAGACGACGGAAACACGACUGUGUCAACACUCUUGCUAACGAUGAGCCCUCAGGAGAACGGACAAAAACUAAUCUGCCGGGUUAGCAAUCACCAGCUUCCAGGAAGUACCUGGGACGAUUCCGUGGUACUGAACGUUCUGCAUCGGCCCAUCGUGCAUCUGCAGCUGGGUGAAGGUCUUCAGCUGCAGCGGCUCCAAGAAGGGAGUGAUGUUUACUUCGAGUGCUCGGUGGCCGCAAAUCCUCCUCUGAGUCAGAUCCAAUGGACACUCGACGACCGGGAGUUGCCACACGACAAAGACAUUAUUGUUCAGGGAACGUAUUUGGCUCUGCGAAAUGUUUCAGCCGCUAAGCUCAACGGUCGCCUGAAUUGUGAUGUCACGAAUCCAGUCGGAAGCGUCAGGAGCAACGAUGUCGAGCUGCGGAUCCACUAUCCUCCGCGGUGUCGACCAGAAGUCGAGAGGUUUCAUCGUUUCGCUUCCAUAAAAUCACCCGUCGUAAUCCGCUGCCAAAUGGACGCGGAUCCGCGCGACAAGCUCACCUUCGUGUGGCUACUCAAGAACUCUACCUCCGGGGGACGCCGUUACUUGAAAGACCACAAACUCAUGAAUGACUCUACUUCUGUUCUCUUCUACACUCCAUCAUCGAUGUCUGAAGUUGCAUCCAUUGAGUGCUCGGGGAAUAACUCGCUGAACAAAACAAAUCGAGCGCAACCUUGCGUCUUUCAUGUGGAACCCUACGGAGCGCCGCCGGUCCUGGGAGAUUGUCAGGUUGUAAACCAGGCUCAAAGUUGGUUCUUUCUCGAGUGCGACACCUCAUCACGGGAGCACCUCUCGGAAUCUUAUCAGCUCGAGGUUCGACACGCGGAUACCAAUGUUCUUCUAGCCAACCUGACGUCGCAGAACGACGCGGUUUUCCAAGUGCGAGGUAUUCCCGACUCGACCGAGUGCAUCGCUCUGGUGUUUGCCUUCAACGAAAAAGGUCGAUCCGAACCGACCCGGGUCAUGAUCCAGGCCAUCUCGCCUCCAUCGAAACUCUUGACCAACAGUGUCGUGGAAACGUCCGUCACUGCAGGUGGCAUCGUGAUCAUUGCUCUCAUUGUGCUGAUAUCUGCUGCUGCCAGUUAACAAAAACUUCGGCGCCGUAGGGCGCCACCCCCCGCUCCGCCACCGGACGUUGCCGAUGUAGCGAUCGGUCCAGAGUUGAAAACGAAGAGACGUUCUUCCGGGAAGCGUUUCAGACUAUUUCGCAGCGCCAGUGCCUUAUUCAGAAGCCACAAACCACGGACUGUCACGGUUCUCCAGGAUAUUACAGAAGACCAGAAAUUAUGAAGACUGAUUCAAAGCCGUGAGACUCGCCAGAGUUGUUGACCUUGUUGCCAAAACGCCUCCUGCAGAGAGAGCUGAUGGAACGGUUCCGAACGACUCCUAUUAGUUUUUUGUGGAGUUGAUCGGUGUCUGUCCGCUCGGUCCCUGCUUAUCUCCGAUCGAUCCU